AUGAACUGAACAAUUUUUUUUGAUUUUUCAUUCAUUUUCCAACGAAACACAUACAAACUUAAACACAGAUCUAAACAAAAUCAACAGAAAAUAACAAAAACACCCACGGUGGAAUUUUUAGGAGGUAGAUCCAGAUCGGAAGGGAGGGAUCCCACCCACGGGACCAGGCUCCGUUCGUCUCCUUCACUAUCCUUCCCAAAAAUCCCUCUGUUCAGGAGAUUACCUAAAGCAAGAAUACCCUUUUGUUUUCCCACCUCCAGCGAGCAGAAUCAAUCUUCUUUUCAAACUAAACUCGAAAAUCAACCAGCAAAAGACCCCCCUCUUCUCCUCAGAAUUUCCUUCUUCUGCUCUCAAAAAACUCAGACGAGACUCCCCAGCAAACAGACCCAAAAUCAACCCAAAACCCCUUUUUCAAUUUACCGGUUCUUCCUAUUUAUACCCAAUCAAACAAAACCCUAACUCCCUUCUUCUCUCCUCAUCCAAACCCUUCAAUUUUUCUUCUUUUUCCUUCCACCGUUGAUCGGGUGAGGCCAAAACUAGCCCUGCAGAACAGCCAAGAAAGCUGGAGCGUGAUGCCAUCCUGCAGGUGAGGCAAGGACAUGGUGCAGGUCUGUCUCAUGCUCGGUUGGCUGCAAGGACAAAGGCGCAGCAGCAGCGUCAACGCAGCAGGGGGCGCAGAGCAAGGAAAUCUGGGCGUGAUCCAGGCGCAGGCUCAGUGCAGCAGGGGCGCAGAGCUGCAAAGGGGAAAGUGCAGGCGUUGGGCACGGAGUGCAGGAGCAGAAGCGUGCAGGAGCAGAAGCGUGCAGGCGCAGCAAGCAGGGGAUCUGGGGCAAGGAUGCAGGGGCCUAGGUGCAAGGCUGGUGCAGCUAGGCUAGGCGUGCGAGGGGGCGAUGAUGGCUCGGUGCAGAGGAGGGUGGAGGCUGAUUCG